CGCGUAAGGCAGCAAAAAAUCGCUUUUCAUUUUUCUCCCAAACCCAGCGGUUGAUAAUUGACACAUAAAUAACCAAACACAUCCUUAACACUUUCCUGAACCUUCUGCAACACCACUUCCUUUCAAAUUAAACUUCCACCAAACCUUCAACAAUAAAAAAACAAAAAAGCAUUUUUUCUACAUAAGUUUAGCAUAUUCUCAACAACAGAAAAACCAUAAACUAAUUCCCAUAUCUGAAAAAAGUGAUUAACACUUUUACAAUCUUUGCAUUUUCCCAAACAAGUUAUUCAUCGAUCGUGCUCUCUCAAACAGAGAGCUCGAUCUAAACAACCACCACCACCGCGAAUGUCGGAUAUCGAACAGGCAGCAGCGCCAGCUCCGGCAGAUGCUACCACCGCACUCUUCGGCAAAUACGAGCUCGGAAAACUCCUAGGAUGUGGCGCGUUUGCGAAAGUAUACCACGCGCGGAACACCGAGAAUGGACAGAGCGUGGCUGUGAAAGUGAUCAACAAGAAGAAAAUCUCCGCAACAGGACUCGCUGGACAUGUGAAACGUGAAAUUUCAAUUAUGAGUAAGCUUCGUCAUCCGAAUAUUGUUCGGCUUCAUGAAGUUCUUGCUACGAAAACGAAGAUCUAUUUUGUUAUGGAGUUUGCUAAAGGUGGUGAAUUAUUCGCAAAAAUUGCCAAUAAAGGACGGUUUAGUGAAGAUUUAUCGCGUAGACUCUUUCAACAGCUUAUCUCUGCUGUUGGAUAUUGUCAUUCACACGGUGUUUUUCAUCGUGAUUUGAAACCUGAAAAUCUGUUACUAGAUGAUAAGGGGAAUUUGAAGGUUUCGGAUUUUGGAUUGAGUGCAGUGAAAGAGCAAGUUCGAAUUGACGGGAUGUUACACACGCUUUGUGGAACACCUGCAUAUGUGGCACCGGAGAUUUUAGCGAAGAGAGGUUAUGAUGGAGCUAAGGUGGAUAUUUGGUCAUGUGGUAUUAUACUGUUUGUUCUUGUGGCUGGUUAUCUUCCAUUUAAUGAUCCAAAUUUGAUGGUGAUGUAUAGGAAGAUAUAUAGUGGGGAAUUUAAGUGUCCGCGGUGGUUUUCACCGGAUCUAAAGCGGUUUUUAUCGCGGUUGAUGGAUACAAAUCCGGAGACGAGGAUAACUGUUGAUGAGAUUUUGAGGGAUCCUUGGUUUAGAAAAGGGUAUAAAGAGGUGAAGUUUUAUGAGGAGGGUUUUGAAUUUGAGAAGAAGGUUAAUAAUGGGGAAGAAGAGGGAAAACCGUUGGAUUUCAAUGCGUUUGAUAUUAUAUCGUUUUUCUCUAGAGGGUUGAAUCUUUCAGGGUUUUUUAUUGAUGGUGGUGAAGGUGAGAGGUUUAUGUUGAGGGAGUUACCGGAGAAGGUUGUGGAGAAGGCUGAGGCGGCCGCGAAGGCAGAGGGACUUGUGGUGAGGAGGAAGAAGGAAUGUGGGGUGGAAAUUGAAGAGCAGAAUGGGGAUUUGGUGAUUGGGAUUGAGAUUUACCGAUUAACCGCUGAGAUGGUUGUGGUCGAGGUGAAGAGGUUUGGUGGGGACGCGGUUGCUUUCGAGGAAGUGUGGAAGAAUAAGUUGAGGCCACAUUUGUGCGAUGCAACGACAUCGAAUCAGGACCAAACUCAGUCUCAUGCGGUCCCUGCUAGUGUUGACUAGUGAGAUAUUUCUUAUUUCGUUCAAAUUACAACUUUAAUAUAUAAAAAAAAAUUAUGGAACUCUCUUGUGUUAUCUAGGUUAAUAGCUUGUAACUAUACAUGUUUAGUGUAUAUAUAAUUUUGAUGCUUUGGUGUUUACUGCACAUUGUUGUAUUGAUUUGUUUGUGGAAGUAACCUGAGAAAAUGGAUGUUUGUGGUUUAUCAUUUGGUUUCAGUUUGAGAAAAAAAUAUCUUGAGUUUUUUCAUUUUUUGAAAA